GAUGGAUCAAUACGGUCGACAGAAGUUUUAACUAUCUGGAGUGCGGAUAAAUUUUUACUGAGAGUCGUAUAGGAAUCUAUAAUCUAGUACUUUCCAAAAUACGCCGAGAGUAUUCCUGAUGGUGAAACGAGCGUUGCUUCAUCGAACGCAGCUAAAGAAAACAACAUCUAUGUAGUUGGUGGUACGAUGCCUGAAAUAGAGGGCGCUAAAUUGUACAAUACCUGUACUAUUUGGGGUCCCGAUGGAACUUUGAUAGCAAAACACCGAAAGGUACAUCUAUUCGACAUCGACAUUCCUAAUAAGAUUACUUUUCGAGAGAGUGAUUCACUCAGUCCUGGUAACUCCCUAACGACGUUCGAUGUGAAGGGCUGCAAAAUAGGUAUUGGCAUUUGCUGUGAUAUUAGAUUCGAGGAAAUGGCACGCAUUUAUCGGAACAAAGGUGGAUAGCAAAAGUAUUUGGUUUCGUGGGUGGCGUACAGGUGCCUUACAGUUCUACGGUGCGGAUUGCUAUUCCUUGGACUAAAAAAAUUUCUUUCGAGAUGAGUCAGAUUAUUGUAACGAUCAUGCAUGGGAGGAUUUUCUGCAGAGAUUCAAAAUGCUCUCUGGAUUCCUCGUGAAACGUCUGGACAACACCUACAUGUACUUCCAUCCGUCGUUCAGAGAAUGGUUGAUGAAUUCGCCAUCCGUUCUGCACACACAUACAAAAAUAGUUAAUGUAUAUAUAUAUUAUUUAUUUUUAUUUUUUUUUUUAUAAGUUUCGUUUGGACCUGUUCCUUUGUACGAAGACUGUAUCCCUGUAUAUAAUAUAAUAUAUAUAAUAUGUUAUGAUUA